UAUAUGGUUAAUUCUAAUAUUUAAGCACUAUAUAUACCACCCUAUCCCCAAACUUUAAUAUUCACAGAGCAACUAAACACACUACAGAGACUAGAAGAAGAGGCAUAUACAAAAAGAGAGUUAUUAAGUUUUGAGUUCUGAGUUUUGUGAGAUGGAAGACUUCCCAGUGAUCAAUUUUGAGAAGCUGAAUGGUGAGGAGAGAAAAGCCACCAUGGAGAAAAUCAAGGAUGCUUGUGAGAAUUGGGGAUUCUUUGAGUUGGUGAAUCAUGGAAUACCCCAUGAUAUGAUGGACACUGUGGAGAGGUUGACCAAGGAACACUACAGAAAAUGUAUGGAACAGAGGUUUAAGGAAGCUGUUGCAAGCAAAGGCCUUGAAGCUGUUCAAUCUGAGGUCAAAGACAUGGAUUGGGAGAGCACUUUUCACUUGAAACACCUCCCUCAAUCAAACAUUUUUGAUAUUCCUGAUCUCUCUGAUGAAUACAGGAAGGUGAUGAAGGAAUUUGCUUUGAAGUUGGAGAAACUAGCAGAGGAAUUGUUGGACUUGUUGUGUGAGAAUCUUGGACUAGAGAAAGGGUACCUCAAGAAGACCUUCUAUGGAUCAAGUGGACUACCCACUUUUGGUACCAAGGUUGCUAACUACCCUCCAUGUCCUAAACCUGACCUUGUUAAGGGUCUUAGGGCCCACACCGACGCCGGCGGCAUCAUCCUCCUCUUCCAAGAUGACAAGGUCAGCGGCCUCCAGCUUCUCAAGGACGGAAACUGGAUUGAUGUGCCGCCGAUGCGCCAUUCCAUUGUCGUCAAUCUUGGUGACCAACUUGAGGUAAUCACAAAUGGAAAGUACAAGAGUGUGGAGCACCGUGUGAUUGCACAAACAGAUGGGACCAGAAUGUCCAUAGCCUCAUUCUACAACCCUGGCAGUGAUGCUGUCAUCUACCCUGCCCCAGAAUUGUUGGAGAGAGAGGAAGAGGACAAGAAACACAUGUACCCUAAGUUUGUGUUUGAAGACUACAUGAAACUCUAUGCUAGACUCAAGUUCCAUGCUAAGGAGCCAAGAUUUGAAGCUUUCAAAGCAUCUAAUAAUGUCAAUCUGGGUCCAAUUGCCACUGCUUAAUUAUUAAAUAAUAUUUAUCUUUAUUUUAUUAGUGUUGUUACUAUAAGUAGAAAGAUGUUUGAUUUGCUUCAUGAGUGGAUCCGAAGUGAACAAAUAUGAAUAGCUCAUUAAGGAAUAUAAUAAUGUACUGUAUGUUUGCUAUAUAUAUAUAGUGGUUGAGGUGUUACCAUGUACUGUGCAACAAAAAUAUAUAUGGGUUAUUUCACAAUAAAAAAUUAGGUUUGAUUAUUAAA